GGACUGCCCAUAUGGCAAUGAGGAGGAAGUCAAACAAGCUGCCUCAAGUAGCAGCAAUCAAACAGAUCCUCAAGAAAUGCUCAGGCCUGGGCAAGAGAUCCUCAAACGGCUACAACAACAAUGGGGGACCUGGCCCGCCUGAGGAUGUGCCCAAGGGUCACUUUGCGGUGUACGUGGGAGAGAACAGGAGCAGGUAUAUCGUGCCCAUCUCCUGGUUGGCUCACCCCAAGUUCCAGAGCCUGCUUCGGAGAGCCGAAGAAGAGUACGGGUUCGGUCAUGACAUGGGAAUCACCAUCCCUUGUGAAGAAGUUGUGUUCCAGUCUCUAGCUUCCAUGAUCAGCUGAUCAGAGAGAGAGAGAGAGAGAAACUCUUUGGGGAAGAUUUGAUUUGCAUUUAUAGAGAGUUAGUUUCCGGAGGAUAUAUGACAAAUAACUCAUCCAGUCCUUCUAGGGAGGUCUUGGUUGGUUCUGACCAAUUUGUUAUACGGAUAUCCGUAGAGUCGUGUUCAUCGUUUGCAUGUUACGUUUAUGAAUGAAAUUGAUCAAGAAGAGCUUGACAUUAUCAGAGUAACCAAAGAGCAGUGUCCCUUGUG